AUGGUGGGAAAGCUCAUAUAUCUAACCAUCACCAAACCAGAUGUGUGCUUUGCUGUGAAUCAAGUGAGUCAACACAUGGGAGCUCCUAAGGUGCAUCAUUGGAAUAUGGUGGAGAGGAUCUUAAGGUACCUAAGAGAGGUGUCUGGCCAAGGAGUAUGGAUAGCAUGUAACAAGAGUACUGAAAUAAUUGGGUAUUGUGAUGCUGAUUGGACUGGAGACAGAGUUGAUAGGAGAUCAACUACAGGCUACUGCACCUUCAUUGGCGGAAACCUGGUCACAUGGAAGAGUAAUAAGCAGAAGGUGGUGUCUUGCUCAAGUGCUGAGGCAGAGUAA